UUAAAUCAAUAGACUUGGAUUCAGUCCGUCGGUGUGCUGCGGUUACAUUGAAAAUAGUUCAAAAAUAAUUUCAAAUAAUAGUUUCAUGACUAAAACUUUUAUAUUUUAGUCAUGUCUUGGUUAUUUGGAUAUAGUCGGCCUCAGCAGCCCCCUUCUGAUGAACCUCCAGCUAAUGGAGGAGAGCCUGCGGCGGCUGCUCCAGUUAACCUUAGUAAAGCCGAGAAGAAGGCAAUGGAAGCCUACAGAUUUGAUUCCAGUGCUUUGGAAAGAGCUGCUCAAGCUGCCCGAGAAUUAGAAAGAUCAAGACAUGCAAAAGAUGCUUUGGAGAUAAGUAAGUUACAAGAGACAACUCGGCAACAAGAGCAAAUGGCUAAGAUCAAAGAAUAUGAAGCUGCUAUUGAACAAGCCAAAGUUGAACAAAAGAGAGUUGAUUAUGAAGAAAGACGUAAGACAUUACAGGAAGAAACAAAGCAACACCAAAUGAGAGCCCAGUAUCAAGAUCAGCUGGCAAAAACCCGUUAUGAAGAGCAAUUGCUACAACAUCAAAAGUCUCAAGAUGAAAUAUUAAGAAAACAAGAAGAGAGUGUUGCUAAGCAAGAAGCAUUAAGACGAGCCACCAUCGAGCAUGAAAUGGAGUUACGUGAGAAAAAUAAGCUGAAGGCAAUAGAAGCUGAAGCGAGAGCUAAAGCCAAGGCGGACCGAGAGAAUAGAGAUAUAACUCUCGAACAAAUAAAACUGAAAGCUGCAGAAAAUAGAACCACUAUAUUGGAGAGUAUACAAACAGCAGGUAGUGUGAUUGGGACGGGUUUAAAUGCACUCGUCACAGACUGGGACAAGACCCUCGCCGCUGCUGGUGGUUUGUCUCUACUUGCCUUAGGUGUCUACUCCGCUAAAGGUGCUACAUCUGUAGCUGCUAGAUUCCUUGAGGCUAGGAUUGGUAAACCCACGUUAGUCAAUGAGACAUCUAGAUUUUCUCUCCUUGAAGCUGUUAAGCAUCCAAUCCUCACAAUAUCGCGUGCUGUAUCAAAUUUCAAGAAACCCACUGAUGCUUUGGGUGGUGUAGUAUUAGCUCCAAAUUUAGAAAGACGCCUAAGAGAUAUAGCAAUAGCCACUAAGAACACUAGGAUGAAUAAAGGUUUCUAUAGAAAUCUGCUCAUGUAUGGACCUCCCGGUACUGGAAAAACUUUGUUCUCAAAGAAAUUGGCUAAACAUUCUGGUAUGGAGUAUGCUAUAAUGACUGGUGGUGAUGUAGCCCCUAUGGGCAAGCAUGCUGUUGCAGCUAUACAUAAAAUGUUCGACUGGGCCAACACCAGCCGUAAAGGUGUGCUGCUCUUCAUUGAUGAAGCGGACGCAUUCCUCCGCAAACGGUCUUCGGAACAUAUUAGUGAGGACCUUCGUGCUGCUCUUAAUGCAUUCCUCUAUAGAACCUCAGAUCAAAGUAGCCGUAUUAUGCUUGUGUUGGCAUCAAACACUCCACAACAGUUUGAUUCUGCCAUAAACGACCGUCUGGAUAAGAUGAUUGAGUUUGGUCUACCAGGACUGGAGGAGAGGGAACGCUUGAUCAGAUUGUACUUUGAUAAGUUCGUGCUUCAACCUGCUUCACAGGGUAAAAGACGUCUCAAUGUGGAUCAGUUUGACUACAGUCUUCUCUGUACUAAGCUAGCUGAACGUACAGCGGGUAUGUCUGGCCGAGCACUCUCUAAGUUAGGGGUGGCUUGGCAGGCGGCUGCAUAUGCUUCUGACGAUGGAAGACUAACUGAACAGAUGUGUAUUGACAUCUGCGAUGAUGCUGUGCAGGACCACAGGCAGAAGAUGGAAUGGUUGUCUGUUGAAGAGAAGUCAAGGACGAUGAUACCCUAUUUAUUGGACUUGCCGCCCUUAGACAAAGUAACAGAUGCCAAAAAGGCUACCAUCACUGAACUUCCAGAGACCAAAGAGGAACGCAAAACCAAAAAGAAAACAAAAGAAGUGGAAUUAGAAAAGUGACACAUCAUUAACCCGAGCAGCCCUCAGCCUGAAACUUGUUCCGCACACAAAAUAGACUGUGAUAGAAAGUGUAUCUAUGACUUUAGUAUUUCAAAAUUAAAAACAUCCAUAGUGUUAACAGAUUCUACAAUUGCCAUUUUACGUGAAUUGUCAAUGAGAAUUAAGAAAUAAUAAAGACUUAUGAUUGCAUUUUACUAUUAAAAGUAAGCAAAAUUAAUCUGUGUCUACAUGUUGUUAUGACUGUUAAGCAAGAUAGGAACACAUUCAUAGUUAUAUAAUAUAUCAGACUUGUAUAAAUUAUAUCUAUAUCUUGCUUUGGAACAAAUUUACUGUCUAUAUUACUACUUUUGUAUAAAAACAUCUUUAUAUUUACAGAUUAGUUAUAAAACUGAAGCUUUACAAUUCUUCACAAAUUCAACAGUUUAAAAGAAGCCAAAAUUAAUUGUAAAAAUAUUGGGAUAUGUUUUAAAAAUAUAUAUAUUGUAAGCUAUCCUAAUUUUAGGUUAUUUGUAGUUGACAGAUGUUGAGUCUAGUUUCUUUCGUGUAGGUGGUUUAGUUAAUAAAGAAAAAGUAAAGUAAAUCAUUGUCUUCUAAUAAUAUCCAGUCAGAUUUCUUAGACAAAUUGCCAUGUGUCUUAAUGAAAAUUAAAUAAUGCAUAAAAAAAAUAUCACCUUUUAAAAGUUGAAUUUGAAAGCGAAGGGGCUUGUAGACAUAAUAAUAUAGCGUGGUAAUUUUAACAGCGUUACUGUUUUUAUUUUGGAAUUCUAUUAAUUAAAUUCCGUUGGAACAAGUAUGUUGUCACUUAACAAAAUCAUUUUAUUUGCAUUUAUUGCAUGAUAUUGUCAUACGGAAGUAUGAUUUGAGAUAAAUGUUAUCUUUCACAUUUACAUUAUGUAUAUUAUAUUGUAGGAAUUUAUUUUGGAUAUUAAUAAACCAUUGUUAAAAACUUAGAAGGAAUUGAAGGUGGUUAAAUUAUUUUUAAGGUAAUACAAGUUGCUAUGUGAAUUUUAUGUGUCGCUUUGUCCUGAAUGUAGUUAUGUUAAUAGAUGUUAUACAUAA